AGAGAGAGAGAGCGGUAUUCCGGCACUUAAGACCUUCGAAACUCUGUGUGAGAGAGAGAGAAAGAGAGAGAGAGAGAGGUGAUGAUGGCUCAGAGCCGUUGCUGGGGUCUUAACAGCAGAGGAAUUUCAACCCCGUCACCAUUUCUUUGUCUCUCGUCUUCUACUUCUUCCUUUUCUCGUCCUCCUCUCAGAUACGCAGUGCUCGGUGCCGGCUUUGCUGGGCUCUCUGUCGCUUUUCAUUUGCUCAGUGAAAGUGCAAAAGAAUUAAAUUUAUGCAUAGACAUAUAUGAUGAGAUUGGGAUUGGUGGAGGUGCUUCUGGAGUUUCUGGAGGACUCAUUCAUCCUUAUUCACCCAAAGCUAAGCUUCUAUGGCGAGGUGCUGAGUGUUGGAACGAGUGUUUAAGGCUUUUGAGCACUGCUGAAACUGCAGCUAUGUGUUCGGAUGAUUUUGACUUAGGAGUUUCAGAUUUUCAUGGCCUCAUUGUUCAAAAAAGAGGAAUCUUGAGACCAGCAGUGAGCAUGAAGAACUUGUUGCUGUUGAGCGAUAAUGCUCGGAAUUGCCUUUCCAGUUGCAGAAUAGAAACUAUUGACAAGGAGGCUGCCCAAAAUCUUGUUCCCGAUCUAUGUGUACCUUUCAAUACAGCCUUCCACAUGCCUCAAGCUGUAAAUAUUCAUCCUCAACGCUAUCUUCAGGCACUUUACGUAGCAUGUGAAAAUUUAGUAAAGGAGCAAUCCAGUUCUGGAAUUGGGGAAAAAGAGUUACAUUUGCACAAGAAAUCUGUGCACAAAAUCCUUGAUUUAGAAGGGGAAUACCAGGCAGUUAUAAUAUGUCUAGGUGCCAAAGCAGACAUGCUUCCUGAGCUUGCUGGAAGGAUUCCUUUAAGGACUUGCAGAGGUGUGGUUGCGCACCUUAAGCUGCCUGAUGAUAUCAGAGAAGAGUAUCCAGAGCUUGGCCCGUCGAUAUUGUCAGAUGCUUGGCUAGCUAUCCAGGGGCCCCGAAGCUUGUACAUGGGCUCUACAUGGGAAUGGAAAUCCAGAAACUCAUCACCAAAUGUCUCCACAUCAGAAGCCUCAAAAGCCCUUGAAGAGCUUCUUCCCAAGGCAUAUGCCAUUUAUCCAGACCUCAAGAACUGGACUUUCACCACAGCUCGGGCAGGUCUGAGGGCGAUGCCGCCGCUCACUCCCCAUGGCUCACUUCCACUUCUAGGCUGUGUCAAUGACAUUGUAGGUGAGAACAAUGGCUGCAAAUACUGGUUAUUUGGAGGACUUGGUGCAAGGGGACUGUUGUACCAUGGUUGGCUUGGGAAGUUGAUGGCACAGGCUGUGCUUGCGUGUAAUGAACAACUAAUCCCAUCUGAAUUAACCUCGUGGAAGAAGAGAAUCUAA